AUGUUGAAGUCUGUGAAAAGCUACUCCAGGUCGAUUCUUCUUCUUCAGGAACCUCGGGUUACUCAAGGCUCCGAGUUACCGAGGGUAGAAUCGUCUGCGUUGGGGGAUUAUAAUCCAUUCGAGUCUCGAGAAACGACACUAACAGGCAAUAUUUCCUCAGCUCCAGGAUAUCCCCCAGCCUACUCUCCAGCUGAGGCGCAGUUAUUGACAACCGCAGAGUUAGAACGCCGUCAGCGGGAACUGGAUGCAAAGGCCGCAGAAUUAGCUCGCCGCGAGGAAGAACAGAAUCGACUUGCUGCACAGGCCCAGCGUGGAUUAGGUUCGGGCCCAUUGAAGAACUGGCCCCCACUGCCAAAUUUUUUUCCGUGCAAACCGUGUUUCUAUCAAGAUAUCGAGCUAGAGAUCAAUGUGGAGUACCAAAAGAUCGUGAAAAUUGGCUAUUAUCUAUGGAUGGCGUACGCUUCGUUGUUAGCAGUGAACCUAUUAGGCACACUAAUAUAUUUCGCGGGGGCCUCAACCAAUGAUGGAGGCACUGUGUUUGGUGUCGCUUUGUUGGUUUCCAUUUUGUGCGUUCCAGCGUCCUACAUUUGUUGGUUUCGACCAUUGUAUAAGGCAUUCAGGUCCAACAGUUCGGUCAACUUCUUCAUAUUUUUCCUUGUUGCUGCUGCUCAGAUACUGGGUCUCGGUAUCCAGUCGUUGGGCAUUUCCAAUUGGGGGUCAUGGUAA